AAAAUAUGUAUAGGUCUCAGCCACAUCUUCAAUGGUUGUCCCCCAUCUUCUUGGUUGUGAUUCUCCCACAUCUUCUUGGAUUCACUGUCCAACAAUCUUUAGCUCGGCCUCUAAAUCCAAAAAUGGUGGUGGAGGGGAGGAAGAAGCAAUCCUUAUCCAGUUCAACUUUUGCGGCAUUGCUCAAAGACCGAUAUGUACACAAUAAUGGAGAAAUUCCAGGAGGUCCACCUGUCCUGUAUUCCCCUCCUCAAAUUGGAAACCAUGACAUGAGUGCUGGUCCGAAGGUACAUGGUGGUGAAUAUGGUCCAAUGAAUAAAGGUCGAGUCCCACCAUCAGCUCCUAAUCCAACCACCCUUGAUGCAAUUGGCAACCCCUGAUGAGAUGAGUAGCGGUGAAGAAAACUUGUUGCUGUAAUGCUGUUUCUCUAGAACAAUUCUCUGCUCAAU